UCCUGUGUCUCUGCAGUUUAUCAACUGUUGCUGUUACUGACCUGGUCCCUGCAGAACUUUCUGGAAGAUGGCUCACCUUCUGGACAGCAUCCAUGACAUCACUGGGGUCUUUUACAAGCAUGCCAAACGUCACGGGGGCAGCGUCACCUUGAGCCAGAGGGAGAUGAAGAGGCUGAUCAAGGAGGAGUUGGCUGAGGUCAUCAAGAACACUUGCGAUCCUCAGACCCUUCAGCUGAUGUUCCAACAGCUGGAACACAACAAGGAAGGCGUGGUCGACUUCAACAGCUACCUGCAUCUCCUCUUCAACACAGCUAAGGCCUGCUUCAGACACCAAGAGGCCAGAGGAUGCUUCCUUCCAUGUGAUGGCAGCAGGAGAAAGGAGGAGAGGAGAGAUUACCUUCGCCGUGAGCCCGUAGUGCAAGUGGAUGAAGGAAACUGCUGUGUAUGUCAGCUUGAGCUGAGAGGUGAUUGCAGGAAAGACUGUCCACCACAUGACCAUCCAGAAAGGGAAGAUGAAUGUGAAGAUCAAUGCCGUGAGUUCGAAUGCCAGGCGAUUGUGGAGAAUUGUGGGCAGUCCAGAGAACAAGAGCUACAAAGGAAUGAAGCCAGCUGUCGAGACCUUCUGCAGAGGGACGACCUUGAGAGAUGUCAUCCGUUAUGUCAGUCUCAGCUCCGGGAAGGAGAUGAAAGGGACCAAUGUUCCAUACGAAGAGGGGAAGACCGGAGGCAAUGUCAGCGUCAAGAGACUGAGGAGGAGAACAUGAGGAGACCAUGGCUGUGUGGAUCAGGAGAAGGGGAGGGGGGAAGGGCACAGCCACGAAGAAGAGACGAUGAACCGAACAAGGAGAGUUUUCAAUCGAAAAGUCUGCAAAGAGAUUGUGAAAGGCGAAGGCCUCAAAUAUGUGAAGCAACACUGAGAGAGGCUAUUCAGAGGAAAGAGGAUUGCUAUGAGGCCCUGGAAAAAGGGUGCAAAAGCAGAAAGUCACAACAAGUGUGUUACAAUGAAUCCGUGGACUGUGAGAAGAGAAGGUCUUGGUCAUGCGAGCAAGCACUGUGGGAUGAGGUUCAGAGAAGUCUAGAACAUUAUGAACAUGAACUCCUGGAAAAUGCGAAUGAUGGGAGGUUUCAAGCUUGCAAACCAGGAGUAUGUGAGGAUGACCAGAGGAAGCAGGGCUUUUAUGAUCCUGGGACCUUCGAAGGAGAUGUUGAAUGGAGAAGGUCUGAAGCUUGCAAACCAGGACUCUGUGAGGAUGUUCAGAAAAAGCAGCAGUACUGUGAUCCUGAGGCCUUUGAAAGGGAUGCUGAGCGGAGGAGGCCUCAAACUUGCAAACCAGGCCUACGUGAGGAUAGUCAGAAACAGCAACAGCAAUGUGAGAUUGGAUCCUUCAAGAAAGGAGCUGGGAGGAGGAGGUCUGCACGACGUCAGCCACAACUCUGUGAGGAUGUUCAGAAGAAGCAGCUGUUUUGUGAUCCUGAGACCUUUGAAAGAGACACUGAACCCAGAAAGUCUGAAGCCUGCAAACCAGAACCAUGUGAGGAUAGGCAGCACCAUCAAUGCUAUGAAGCUGGAGCCUUCAAAAGAGGCAUGGAGCAGAGAAGGUCUCUGCGACAUGAACGAGUUUGCCAAGAGGAUAUUCGAGGGAGACAACAAUGUUUCCAGCCUGAACCUAUGGAGUGUGAUGGUGAGAGAAGGAGGCUGCAAGGGUGUGAAUCAGGAUUAAGAGAAUGUAUUCCGAAGAAACAGCUGUAUUGUGAACCCGGAGCCCUGGACAGGAAGUGUGAAAGGAGAAGGCCUCUGUUGAGGGUGGAGAAAGUGAGAAGGUGGGACCUCAAGUCUGCAAACCUACCCUGAGAGAGGAGAGAUGGGGAAGGCAGAGAUGUCAUGACCCUGAAGCCCUGGGAAGGAGAGCAUGACAGGAGAAGGUCCCCAUUAUACGAUCCUGAAGGAAGAGGAGGCAAGAGGCUGCCUAACUUCCAUGCCAUAGCAAAGUCUCAGUGUUUAUCUCAUGAACCAUACCAGGCUCCAUCAUCUCACACAUUAGAAAGCCAGGCUGAUAGUCUGAAUGAGCGACCCCGCCCCACCCCCAGAAACAAAAGGAUCUGAUCCUGCUCAAUGAAUUGGAUCCUGUGUCUCUAGCAAGCCCAGCACACAGCCAGCGAGACAGACCGAACAGCCAUAAAAUAACAGCCUGUAACCCUACUCAGAUGUCUGACCUUUCUUGAGUGCACAGAUUAGGCUAAACAGAUGCUUCCCCUCACCCCUUUCUUCCUUCUGCUUCCACAUAAGACAAUAAAAAUAGAUU